UAGAAGAAACUCCGAUGUUAUCAGAGACUGUAAAACCUCUCUUGAGCCAUGUCACGCGUGCGUGACGCGUGCCCCGUGGAGAGACGCCGCGGCGGCUGAGCGGCCUGUCCCAGCGACGCCGAUCGACCGACCUCUCGACCCACCCGACCCCACCCGACCGCAGCGCUCGCGACCGCCCGCUCGCCCGCCCGGCCUCCCGUGCGCGCGAUGGAGGUAGUGGCCGCGGGGGCCGACGCUGGGGGCGGCGGGGGCGGCGCGGGCCCCGCGCCCUUCGCGCGCCGCGACGUUCGCGAGUGGUCGCGUCUGGACAGCGCGACGGGCGCGCGGGAGCACGCCCGCGUCGAGAGCGACCGCUGGUCCUCUCGCUCUGCCGCCGGCGCGCGGUCCUACGGAAAGCAAUUUUCGGCUUCGCUCCCGCGUGGCGGCGACGCCACGGAGUGUGAGAAAGGGGGCGGCGCGGCGCUUCAAACGGAGUGGACUUCGCCCGAUGCAUCCCGCGCCGCGCCCCCGCCCGCCGUUAGCGGAUCGGGGGUCGUUCCCACAGGCCUCCUCGCCUCUCCGCGCCAGCGUCAUUUUGUAACGGCGCGUGCAGGCCUCGCACGACGCAGCUCCGCGCCGUGCAUUCCCACUGCCUUCGAGGCGGCCGUUUCUGCUUCCUGCAUGCAUUCUUCAUACACACAGAGCGUACUGCAACAGUACGCUCUAAAGCCGGGUAGCCCAUCCAACAGCUUCGUUAUUCUUCACGACUUUCCGUGUACCUCCGUCUACGAGGAAAGCCAUCCUGUGUGUAGGUUUCCUCCCGACACGACGUGCUCUCCUUUCCGCACCCCCUCCCCCAGCGCCCUGCGUGUUCUGCUCCUGGCCGCGCGCCGCCUCAACUGCUGA